ACAAUUAAAUAAAUAGAUUAGUCGGCAAAAAGGGAUAAAAAUAAAAUACAGAAAUCGAAAAAUAUUAAACAAUGAUUUCAUCUUCAACCUUAACCCUUUCGAACAUCCCAAAAUCGCCGUCGCCGACGAACAAUCCGCCACUCUCCGAUCACAAAACCGCCCCUUCUUCACCAACCGCCUCCGAUUCGUCUUCUUCCUCCUCAGCCGAAUCGCAAUCGCGGAGAAUCAAAACGAGCCCUCAGCUGAACCGUUGGUCCAGGGCACGCGCCAUUCGAUCCGGUCGAAAAUUGGGCCGCCCGCCGGUUCAGCCAUCUUCAGGUGAAAUGAAUUAUUCCGAUUCUUCGUUAGGGGUAAUUAUCGAAGGUAGCAGUGGCGACGGAAGUGAACAGUACCAGACGCUCUCGCCCCGUAGCGACGGCGGACGAGGCGGAGAGUAUGUAACCGAUGCGGCGGUGUUCGCCGGUAAGUCCAUAUACAUGGUGUCCGACGGGACCGGGUGGACGGUGGAGCACGCCGUUAACGCGGCGUUGGGUCAGUUUGAUUACUGCUUGGUGGAUCGGAAUCGCAAUUUUACAUCUCUAUUUUUUCGAAAGAUUGAUGACGUGGAGCGAUUGAUGGAGAUCAUAGCACAAGCGGCCAAAGAAGGAGCAAUGCUCGUCUAUACGCUCGCCGAUCCAUCGAUCGCGGAAACCGCAAGACAAGCAUGCAGGCUUUGGAACGUGACAUCACUCGACGUACUCGGCCCAAUAACCGAGUCCAUCGCGGCCCACCUAGGGGUGACCCCAUCCGGUCUCCCCAGGUGGGCCCCGGGAAGAAAAGUCUCCCUCGGCGAAGACUACUUCCAAAGAAUCGAGGCAAUCGAAUUCACUAUCAAGCAGGAUGAUGGGGCGUUGCCCGAGAAUCUCCACAAGGCGGACAUUGUUCUUGCCGGAGUUUCUCGUACGGGGAAAACACCCUUGUCUAUAUAUCUCGCGCAGAAAGGGUAUAAAGUGGCGAAUGUGCCGAUUGUGAUGGGUGUGGAUUUGCCGAGGGCGCUUUUUGAGGUCGACCCCGAGAAGGUCUUUGCUUUGACUAUAAACCCCGUUGUUCUCCAGGCGAUUAGCCGGGCUAGGGCGAAGAGCUUAGGGUUUGAUGAUGAAUUACGGAAUAAUUAUUCGGAGAUGGAUCAUGUUAAACGGGAGCUGGAGUUCGCUAGUAGGAUUUUUCAACGGAACCCUGUCUGGCCAGUUAUUGAGGUGUCGGGGAAAGCGAUCGAGGAAUCGGCUGCCAUCGUACUGAGGCUGUAUCAUGAUCGAAAAAAUAGGUGCUCGAUGCCAAGAAUUUCUAGACGUUAUUAGAUUCUGAGAAUUUGUGUUAGAUUCUGCUUUUGUCUGAAUUCUAAUGGUAUAUGUAUUUAUACAUCUGUGCUGCUGUAAUAAAGAUGGUACUUGACACACACACACACACACACACACACACACACACACACACAUAUAUAUAUAUAUAUAUUAUCGAUCUGUACGUAUAUUGUUUCUGCAUAUAUAUCCAUAAAAGCAGAAGAAGGAUCUUGAUCUGAAGAAAGAAGGUUACCAGGAUUGUGCUGUAUACAUUAUGUCCUUGGGCUUUAUUUUGUCAAUGUUAUGGAAAUAGUAUUUAGGGCAAAUUACGAGAACUUCCCUGAGGUAAGGUCUAAUUACGAAAAUUCCCUCCA